CUCUUGGUCCUCGGACCGGUAUUCGGUAGUGGUUUCUCUCACCGAGUGUUCACUUCAGUCCCCCAUCCCUUUCCUUUUUUUUUUUCUUUUUUUUUCUUUGGCGUCUUUGCGACUGACACGCGCGAUCACCGGUCCGUGAGCGUACGGGGGCCAUUCGUGCCGGGGCGCGGACGGAACCCGCCAUCCACCACCCACGGGCCCACCCCAUGCCAAGGUACUAAGAAACGGCCUUUACUCCGUACAAACCAAGGUAAAGCAUCCGUACCUGUGGUAAUUUACAAGGUGUUCAAGGAAAAGCAAUACAGCAAAGGGGAAACUUUGUGCGCGUGA